AUGUCCUCCUCCUCUUCCUCCUUUGGAAACAAACGCGCUAGUUUUGGAAUGCACUUUAUGAGCAACAACAAAAAACAACAACUUUAUGACCUAUUCAACACGUUUGACAAGGACAAGGAUGGCAAAGUCUCCGUAGCUGAAAUGAAAGAAUUGCUGGAUCAAACAGGUGUCAAUACGGAUGCAGUCGCCCAUAUGUUGAAAAAGAAGCCCAAUGACACGGUAGAUUUCGAAGAAUUUGCUUUGGUGUUUAAAUCAACCGUGGGUUCGGCACCGAGACGCUUUCCAGAGCAACAUCAAGAGUUACGUGAUGCAUUCAACGUGUUUGACAAGAACCAAGACGGCGUUAUUAGUGCAGAAGAACUCUGUGCCAUGAUGCAACAGCUGGGUGAAAAGAUCACUCUUCAAGAAGCACAAAAUAUGAUUGCUGAGGUGGAUAAGGAUAACGAUGGUGUUGUCAACUUUGACGAGUUUUUGCAUAUGAUGGGUGUUCGUAAGAAAUCAACCAACCAGGCCAAAUCAACAUCUUCAUCUUCAUCCAAGAAACACAAGCGAUUAUCUCAAUUCAAAAAGCUACUCUUUCAUUGA